AAAGGUGUCCAUGUCCGCAUCGUAGCGUACGCUGUACACAGGGAACUACAUCCAAGGCGGGCGAAGCGCAUUCUUGCCCCUGGUCUACCCUGCAACGGAAGUUCGUUGACGGAUGGUUGCUGCGCUUUGCAGCACAUCGCCAUUGUGGAAUGGCGGCUACAUGGGCAGACAAUCGCAAAGCCGCAGUACCAGCCAGUUGUGCUCAUAAACGAGCGUCUACUGUAGCUCUGCUCGCCUUUCCCCCUUCAUCUCUUGACCGCUCACUCGAAGACCACCGGUCAGAGCUUUGUCGACAGCCACUUCGGGCCAAGCCAACAAACAUCUGGGCGCCCAUUUGCGUCGAGCUGAAGCACAUCUCUUCUCCACCACCAUGCGGCUCCCGUUCCAGUGCCUCUCCCCAUCUUACCUUUGCCGAUUGGACCUCGCUACAGACUCUACCCUCGAGCCAGAACAGGUCUUCAAAGAGCGUAGCCUUGUAGUCCCCAUCCCCGCAGCUAUGGAGCCCAUCUACGAGCCCCACGACGUCUCUCCCUCGACCGAAACCACAUCGCUGGAGUGGAACUUUGACGAGCACGACUGUAGCCGUGGUACCAACUACGCUUGGUCCUCGCACACUAAUAGUCGUAAACCCGUCGAGCUUGUGCGCACUUUUACAGGCACUUUUCGAAAAUGUCAAGUAAAGACACGUCGAAUCGCCCUGGCGCCUCGACUCCCAAUGGCGUCCAAAUCUCCUAGAAAGGGACUAGACUUGCUCGCUAAUUGGCAUUUCGCUUGUUCCGAAGCGAAGGAUAAUUGGGCUACAUGCAAUUGGUCGGCCCAGAACAGUCCGGUAUCUCUAGAUGAGAAGCAUAAUACGUUUCUCCCAGACGAUUCCAUUGCCAAGGGCAAGCCGCAUCCGCGCAUCCAAGCGCACGUACAGUGCGUUCAGUGCACAAGGAGCCAUGUAGCGGUCAAGGCGGAUCUACCUUCAACUGAAAAAUCAGAGCCAACUCUUUCUGCUAGCGUGUCUAUUGAUGGAGAUGCCCGCAAUUGCAAAGACACCGUCGCUCUUCUUCAUCGAGACGCCGACUGGCUUGAAAUUGCAACUCCGGCCCUGCCGAGCUCCACCGCCGCCCCAUCCAAAAGGAUCGGUCUCUUGCGCACACUCAGCAAGAAGAUGCCCUGGUUUGUUUCAGAUCGUGCAACUAUGCGUCAAGCAGCAAGACGAGCGUCCCAAGCGAGUGGCCAGAAGGAUCAACCUACCCGGAGGACGACGCCACGUCAGGCACGCGACGCCAUCGAGCUCGAUGAGCCGCGCGCUCUGUGUCAGUCUCCGCUGGGUGAGCCGCCGAUGCCAGACCAUCUUCCGACCACCAAAACGCCGUCCCUAUACAUCGGCAACGGACAUCGUCCAUUGAGCCUGCUGGUAGACGUUUGCGACAACACCGACACCCAGAGUCUCACAUCGACAGGGCCGACCAGUCUCUCGAGCUCAUCAUGCCAGUUCGAAGAGCAGGUGCACGGCAGUGUCUGCGCAGUUGCGCACGAUAAUCUGCCCGGUGCUUUGUCAAAAGGACCUAUCUUGCCGAGCACCGACGUCAAAGCCCAAGCGAUGCGCCGCCAACGUCCUUCCCUGUCGCUCGCUCUCAAACAACAACACGCUUCUCGAACCUUUUCGGAACCGCUUUUGCAAACGUCGAAUCAUUGCACUACACCCGUCCGGCGCUUGACGGUUCGCAAUGGACUUCCCUCGUCCUCGUCCCCUGCUUCUCUCUCGUCUUUCGACCAUCCGCAAGACGCUGCGAACACUGACUCGAGUCCUACGACUCCCGAAGAUGGUCACCGACUCAUCUCUGCUCAUCCAGACUCCGAGAUUUGGCGACCUUUUCCGCCAGCCGAUGUUCAUAAAGCUGACAGCGUUACCUUCAAUAAGGAAUCUACACUUCACAAUCAAGAUCCCUGCCCCAUCUCGAGCCCCAUUACACCACGCGCAAGGUGCGAAGGACUGCGUAGCAGAUCCACUUUGCCACACAUGGCGGCGUCGAGAGCAGAGUACGACGUGCCUCCGCCACUGAUGGGCUCGACUUGGGGGGCGGGAGCCUAUGCCAACAAGAAUGUCUCAGACUCUUCGUCUUCCAAGUUUUUAAAUAUGCGCCUGCUGCGCAUGAAUAGAGGAGGCCUGGAACAAUGGUCCUCCUUGACCAGUGCUCCAUUCCCAUUCCAGCCUUCCGAAAGCCCAUCUCACCUCGGCCUCAACAUACACACCACCGCUACUGCGCCCGCAGCCAAAAGGGCCAAUUCAUUCAGCUCUCUCGGCCGUCGUUUCCCCACAAACACCUUCUCUUCCCAACAUCGGCUUUCCACCUUCGCAUUCACAUCUCCCAGCUUUUCCCUCUCUCCUUCCGCUUCUGCUCCUUCGCCCCAGUUCCAGAUCCUGGAACGAAGAGCGACUGCUCCUUGCAGACAUGCAAAGUGCGCAACUAUCUCCUGCGCGCCCAGUGAUGAAUGGAGCAGCAGCGUAUUGACUGCUGUACCUCCCACGCCCAUUGCAGCGCAGCACGAUGCCGAUGCCGAUGCUGGGGCUUGCUCGCGCGACGAUUAGUGUCAGACCGAGGCCUUCGCUAUACGAACAAUGAUAAUCCAUGAUUGUGCCCCGUCGUAGGCAGAGAAAACUUUGAAGCCCAAGAAGUGCACUCCCUCUUCGCACGCUCCUUUCAAAGUCACUUCAAUUACCCACCUUGCCCCUGCUAUCACAAGCGUGGUGAUAGAUGUC